ACACGACCUGCCUUCGCACCGCUGCCAAGACCACAAAGAAAAGAUGACGCGAGCUCUGAUGCUUCUGAUCGCCGCCGCCGUUGCCUCGUCCGCGGCAGGUGAAUCCCCUUGUAAAAUAGCGUUCAAGGCGGGUGUGCAGUUAGUAGUGGCUGCAACCAAAACUUGCUAUCUGCAGCACCAAACGGAGUAUGUGAAGUUUUCAACUACAUGCCCCGGCAUCAACGCAACUUUGCCUACGGUGAACGAUGCAGCAAGAUGUGAUCCAAUUCUGUUCAAUUUUUCUAAGUGUUUGUUGCAAUCAGCCAAGCUCCUGAAACCCGACAACACAUUUGACGAUGUGGCUUUCCAGACGAUUGCGCUGAAGAACCAAUGUAGCACUGAUACCAACUUCUCAAAGGUUUACUCGAACUGCAAAACCGCCGCCAUGAAAUAUUUGAACGUACUCCAGUUCUUAACGUGCAUCAUUGCAGCGAUGCCCUAAUUGAGGCAGCGCUGAUCACCCAAUGAUCACCCAAUGGAGGAGAAUCCACUGACUGGGAACAAGACUGACUGAACUCGCCCUUCCCUGACAAGUUUAGAGUCGCCCCAGUUUCUGGUAAUCCAAAUCAGAAGCGGUCGCGUCUGUAAAUUUUCACUGGGUUACUCUUAGCACGGGAUUUUCUUAUCCUAUAUUAAAUUUGAUGGUGUUUCUUCAA